GUAAAUUUUCUGCGUUUCACAACACUGAAACGUAAACUUUUUAUUGGGUUGAAAAGUCUUGUCAAAUCGCUUUAAUUUGUUAAAAUCUGGGCGAAGAGGUAUUCACUUAUUUUUUCCAGGAAAAUUUACGGCAAUAGAACUUUCCCGAUGUCCACCAACAAGGAGAGCAAAAUGAUUGACGAAAAACCCACCAAUGAGCAGAAAAAACAAGAUGUGUCACCCAGGACUCCGACAGACGACGAUGUGGUGAACAUUUUUUGCAACCUGUCGGUGCUGCCGGAUAUCGAAAGACAUCUCCAGCUGCUGUAUCGACCCUUCACGUGCCAUGUGAACACGAAUUGCGUGUACGACCUCCACGCACUCCACGAAGUGCUUGAGAACUCUCGGUACGAGCCGGAGAAGCACUCGGCCCUGUUCGCCCAACGGGUCUAUCCGGUGUGCACCCUGACGAUCUACGCCAAUGGGAACGUCUUCUGCAAGGGCUACAGCCGCGAUGGUGCCCGAGAGGGCCUUUCGAAGUUCGAGGAAAUUCUGGAGGUUCUGGGCUACACUCCGGCGUUUUACAAUUUGAAGUACAAUGUGGUGAACGCCACCUUCUGUGUGCCCUUUCAGCUGGAUCUGGAGUGGCUGAAGGUGGAGUCCUAUACCAACAUCAUAUUCGACCAGAGCCAGCCGUUCAUCUUUCACAUAAUGCCCAAGACCGAAAUCAAGUUCGCCAUCUUCCCCACGGGCUUUGUGUACGUCCUGGGCUGCCGGCUGCCCAACGAAACCAAUGAUGCCAUAGCCUUCAUCUUGCCCAUUCUGUACCGCUUCAAGGCGGAGAGUAACCGGUCCCAGCCGGACCUGUCGCUGAGCCUCGGCGACAUCAGCUCCAGCCUCUACUGGGAGGGAGAGUUCCAAAAGCAGCACGAUUUCGCAAUGUCUUGGUAGUCCAUAUCUGCAUCCCAGGUGUUGCCUCCUUCUGAGGCAUGAUUGCUGAAUGUAUAAACUUUUCAUGUACGAGCGUGUCCGUAAUAAAUGUCGGGCCGUUGCCUGGAGACAAGUACUUG